AUGUACCUUAACCCCAGGUCCGAAGCUACCUGGUGCAAAUACUUCCCUACAACCCUUAAAGGUGUCGCCCAAUCAUGGAUCACCAAAGGGCUGAAGGAAGGCUCUAUAACGGGUUGGAGCGAUCUCGCCAACAAGUUCAAGAGAAAGUUUUCCACGGCUAACCGCCGAGAGAAAACCACUGCCGAGCUCAUGGGCCUGCAGCAAGCGGAAGACGAAAGUCUCCGAGAUUAUUUGACUCGCUUCAGCAACGAGUCAUCCAGAAUCACAAGUCUGGACCAAAGCCUAGCCGUAUUCGCACUACGGAAUGGCUUGCAAGCUGGAAAAUUUCUGGAUUUCAUGGUCAUGCAUCCUCCGCAGACCUUGGAAGAAGCCCUCGGUGCUUUGGAUAAAUUCAUCCGAGCCGAGGAAUGGAACAAGGCCAAGCUGCAAUCUCAAUCAGCGCUUGCCAAACCAAAAAGGCAGCCAGUCGAAGUUCCAGGGUCGAGGAAAGGGAAGGCAAAAGCCUCAGAACCUCCCUCGACCAAAGAGCCGAAGAAGGAUAAGGCUCCCUAUCUGGGAAAUUUUGAAUCUUACACCCCUCUCACCUUACCACGUACUAAGAUUUUUAGUGCGACGAGGGAGGAAGGAAGAUUCAAGAAACCAAAGCCACCUCCUUCUUGGCAUCAGAAGAAGGGGAAAGAUCAUUGGUGCGAGUUCCAUAAAUCACGUGGAAAUCGCACCGAGGAUUGUCUCCAGCUGAAGGACCAGAUUGAAGAACUGGUCCAGAAAGGGUACUUAAAGAAAUAUGUCGCGGAACGCCGCGAAGAAAAGAAAACUGAGAGAGACUCUCGCAGGAUCUGGAUUACCACCGGAAAAGUGAUAAACCUCCCGAGGGAGGAAACCAUGACAUAUUAA